AGACACCUCUGUCUCAUUCUACUACACUUUCUCUCUCGAAAACUCUCUCUCUAAACACUCACUCACUCGUCACUCUCAUCGGUCAUCACUUAGAAGUCUUUCUUUCAUCACCGAACAAAAAUUCAAUCGACGCCAUCCCACCAGUUCGUCGCUGGUUCCCCAUCUCUUCAUCCUCUGCAUCAAUGUCAGUGCAAAGUUGCUUAAAUUUUUUUGAAAGAAGCAUGAGAAAUGCAGUGUUCCUGCAUCAUGCCAGAAGAGUUUAAAUUGUUGCUUUGAUCAUCUGUGCAUCUGCUUUGCCUUAUGCAUUAGACUACCCAACAUUUUGAUUAGAACAAACAAAUGGGAUGUGGAAAUCCACCUUCUGCGACUGCUCCGAAGGAAGAGCAGGACAAAUUUUCUCUCACUACUAAACCCAUUGGAGCUGAUCGUGGUGGUCAGACUCAUGGUGCUAAUAGCUUUGGAGCUGAUAUUAUGAAUUUCCCAUUUAUUUCACUUGGUUAUACUCAUUUUGCUCAGCAUGAAGGAGAUUGUCUGUCGUACCCAGAGUGCAAGAAUGGGAAUAAUCGGUUGGGUGGUUAUAGGAAUCUCAAUUGCUUAAAUUACAAGACUGAUACAAAUUUGAUGAGUGUCAGAAGUGACAUGUCCGAUUUCCACAGAGAAUCUGCAAUCUCGUAUCCUGACUCGAGCAUUAAUGAACUUUGUCAUGCAACUGAUAGAAAUAAUGCUAUCAAGUCAGAUUCUUUGAUGAACACAGCUUUCUCUUCUAUGGAUUCUCACAAAACAGCCGUUCAGAUGAACUUCAUUCCGCAGAGGUGUGAGGCUACCACAGGUUAUCCUAUAAAGGCCCAUGGAACAGAAGCAAAGAAGGUCAAAAUUAGCGGAUCACAGAUGAGGGGAAAAUAUUCUUCUUCAGAAUGUAGCUCAUCGGUGUUGCCGCUUGUGGAUAAUUUUCCUGUUACAGGAAAUAAAAAUGAUCUCAACAUUGUUCCUCUUCCAUUUAGUUCUCCACAAAAUGUCGAUUGGAAGUUUCUUACUCUUGGAAUUGGAGGUGGUACAGAAAUUGGAUCCAAUACUAUUUUCAGCUCUCGAGAAAUUGCCAGUAAAUUGGAGGAUGCUGUUUCUUCCCAAUCUAAGAGUGCUCUUGUUGGACAAAGUCCGAUGAACCCCUUCAGUCUUGCUCACUUAACGGGUAGAGCUGCAAGGAUACAAACUAAUGCUGGUCGAUUAUCAAGUUCAGCAUCUAAUUUGGCUGGCAGGAUAUCCACUUCUUAUGGAGGUGGACUUAUCGGAGAUACCAGUACCAGAAAUCCAAUGCCGUUUCCUAGCUUGCAAACACCACAAGCUGCUCCGCAGUUGAAUUUUUCAGCAAAACAUGAUACUUCUGUAUUUGACUCGACUGCAUCUUCAUUGCCUUUCAGAAGCACAUUAAUCUCUCAACCUGAAUGUGUUACCCGGCAACCAGAAAUAACUAACUCCACAAAUUUUGCAAGCCAAUCUGUAUCCCGACAGCAGGACUGUGGAAGAAGUUCCAUUAAUAUCUCAUGCAAAUCUUCAAGAAAUUACCUUCGGGACAGGCAUAGAGGAAGCUCCAUUAGCCAUGCACAAUUAGGAGAACUUAUUCCACUGACCGAAGGUGGAGGAACUGAAAGUGGUGCUGGUAUUUGUUUGCCAGGAAGUAUUCAGCCAGUUGGACGUGUGAUUUCACUAGCAGAAGGUACCAGAGUAGAAGUUCCUGUAAUUGGUUCUUCCCCACCAAGUGUUCAAGUAGUUGCCCCAGGGAAUAGUUUAUUUCCUAAGAGAAUUGGGUUCCAGGUCUCAAAAGGUAGCACUUUUGAGUCUGCUGCUGGACCAUUUCCUAAGAGGCUAGGAGUUCAACUUAAUGAUUUUGCUACAGCUCGAACAGGCAAAGGGCUUUCUCCAGUCAAUUUGGCUGCUCAGGUUAAUCCCUGUAGGCCCGCUUUACCCUCGGGUCAACAUCAGCAUGGCGUCCCGGCUCAAUUGUCGAAGGAUUUCCCUAGAGUUGAUUGUUCUAAUGGUGAGGUUAUUCCUGUUGCAAAACUUGAUGUAAGGCCUCAGGUUACUCCUUUUGUUUCUCAUCCAUCUUUGAAAAGGCAAGCAACUGAAAAUUCUCCAGAUGCAUGCCUGGGUCAACAUAGGAAAUUCUUUCCUCGACCUAUCAUACAUCAUUCAGUAGCCCACCAAAGGCAGAUCAUUCCAGCUAUUCCGGUCUCUAUUCCAGCAACAGUUCAUAUUCCACCUGCCCCUCUUCACGUAAAAUGGCAAGGUUUUGAUGCACCCCUUGAACCAACUGGGCACAAGUGUCUCUUGUGCAAGAGGGAUCUCUCAUUUACAGCAGAAGGGCCAGUGUAUCAGCCUGCUAUUCCACCAGCUGUUGCUGUUCUACCUUGUGGCCAUACAUUUCAUGAUCAGUGCUUGCAAGUGAUCACUCCGGAAAACCAAGCAAAAAGUCCUCCUUGCAUACCUUGUGCCAUUGGUGAAACAUAGUUUCUUGUUGCGCAUGAUUAUAUCUCAAAUUUUGCUGCUGGGGAGUUGACAAAGGUAAAAAUUGGAAUUCUUUUGUUGCUGCUGGAGCUAGGUAUAGUUCAUGGAACUGUACAUAGAUAUGCCCCUUAGUCCCAUAUUGGUGGUUAGUAUACCUAUAUUGUGAAAGUGUAAGUGUAAUGUGCGUACUGCCUUGCUGUCAGUACAAGAGAUCCUACUCUUAUUAGCUUAAAGACAAUCCUUUAGGUUUUGCCCAAACUCUUCUAUCUUCUUGCAAGGCAGCAAUUUUUUUUGUGUUCUGUGCAAAAACUUGUGUUAUCAUCCUAAAACUGCAAAGUUUUUCCUUCGUUAUUAAAAUUAAUAGGGUUCAAAUGGGAAGUCUCAACGGUUCAACCAGCAAUAGUUAUUUGCACAGCAUGCCUUGUCAUUCAUUAUUGUAGCAUGAUAACAAUUGACGGUAUCAAGACAUUAUCUCAUUUUCGACAUUCCCUAUACCAUAAUUGAAUUGCAAUAACAAUAAUUCAUGUUCUCAAGAGCCCACUACCGUAUGUGGUACCGUCUCCAGGUUGGGCGAGCAGGACGUCCAUGAAACCAGAGCUGUCCGGCUUCUGCUGAUAUGAGAAGUUGUUAUAGACUAUUACACAUAGUGCCCUGAAAGAAAAUUUGUAUAGACUAUUGCAUAAAUAUCUGACAUGCCAACAUACAAUUGUCUGAGUUUAUUUGGAGAUUAAAUAAUUGAAUUCUACAAGCUGUUUUCCUAAAGUAUAAUACAGUACUUGCGAUUCUGCAGGUCCUAAAAACAAGACCGUAUUUCAUAUAACAUACUAACAAUUUAAGAUUUGCUAGGCCACAAGAGAAUAUCACGUCUAGAUUGAUGGGGUUCAAAGUGAAAGGCCAUGCAAAUAGCUGUAUGAACCAUGAGAACCACAACAUCAAAUUUGCAAGGGGGGAAAAAACUUCAUUUAAUGGAUUUUGUCCAAACAUAUAGCAAGAAGUCUAAGAAAGGUUUCUUAGACAAACACAAGAAGUGCAAACUUAGAAUAGAUUACACAGAUCUAGCCUGUACUCAGUACAAGGUCAAACAGGAUGAACCUGCUGCAAACUUGGUGAGUGCAUAAUGUAUCUUGGGACUCAUUUAACUACCACGAGCCUUCAGCACCCACAGUAGGAUUCUGAAAAGCAUUGAAAUUCCAAAAUGUCUUCAAUGA